AUGUUCGUUCAAUAUCCUACUUAUUUGAAUACACUUGAGAAUAUUCAAGAUCUAUCACGGAUCAAUCUUACGAGUUUGCCAGAUAACUCAUUAUUUGCAUUAUGGAGACCAGCCUAUCAUUUUGCAUCUCCAAAUUCAUGGAUGAACGAUCCGUGUGGACCACUCUAUGAUCCAGCGACACAAAAUUACCAUCUAUAUUAUCAAGUUCAACCUGCCUAUGUGCAAUGGGGAAAUAUUUCUUGGGGUCAUGCCAAAUCGAAAGAUAUGAUCUUUUGGGAAGAUGUAACUUCAUGGCAAGGUUAUGAUUAUGUGACAUUGGCACCAGGUAUUGGAAAUAAAUACAGUAUACUUGGCGUUUUUACAGGUGCAACUUUACCUGUUCCAGCUUUCAGUAACAUAACAAAUAGUACAAUGACAGUUAUUUAUACAAGUGUACAAUAUUUACCCAUCAGUUGGAAUGGUCCAUAUAUCAAAGAAAGUGAAACUCAAUCUUUAGCAAUGUCAUAUGAUGGUGGUAUAACUUAUCAACAUUAUGCCAACAAUCCUAUUCUCCGCUCGCCGCCAGAAGGUAUGGAUAUAACUGGGUGGAGAGAUCCAAAAUUCGAACAAUGGCCAGAGAUGGACAUUGUACUGUAUGGAUCCGACCAAGGACAUUAUUAUAUGACUAUUUCAUCAGGUAUUCGUGAUGUUGGUCCACGACUUUUAAUUUAUCAAGCAUCCGCUAACGAUUUAACUAACUGGACAUAUUUGGGUCAUCUUAUAUCUGUGCCAGGCAACUAUACGCUCAAUGAACAAUGGUCAGGUUCUCUCGGUUAUAAUUUUGAGGUUUCGAAUGUUUUUUCUCUUGUUGAAAAAGCUAUUGAUGGCGGAGAUAAUCAAACUGUUCAUAUUUUUGCUACACUUGGGACUGAAGGUGGUAAUACAACUUUGCAUCCAUCACCGCAGUGGUCUGUGUGGAUCCGCGGCGAUCUGACUAAGAUAAAAAACACUAGUGCUACGAUGAAUAUUAUUGCAUCGGGUGUUGCUGAUUGGGGUGAUACAUAUGCACUUAAUUCAUUUUACGAUUCAAAACAAGAUCGACGAAUCUUCUACGGAUGGGUAAAGGAAGCUCACAGAAACUAUGGACAAAGAGCUUUUGGUUACAAUGGUCAAAUUACACUUCCAAGAGAAGUUUUUGUUCAAGUUUACAAAAAUGUCGUUAAUAUUCAUGAAUCGAUUUCUCAACCAGGACCUUGGACUGUGAUACCGAGUGGUCAGGGAACAUAUACAUGUAAAACUCUUGGUAUUCGACCAAUUAAUGAAGUGAUUAAUCUUCGACAAAACAGCAGUUAUCUUGCUUUGACGUCUCAAACAUUUGAUCAAGCCACAGAUUUUGUAAGUUUGAAUAUGUCGUCGUCUAACUUUGAAAUGAAAGCAACUAUUAAUAUCUCACAAAAUGCUACUGCUGGUUUUACUUUUCGGAGAUCAUCCAACGGAUUAGAAUAUACCACUCUUAUUUAUGAUCCGGUUUCAGAAUAUUUGGUUUUAAAUCGAACUUAUUCUUCUCUGAUUAAAGCCUUUGAUCAUACUAUCGUUUAUGCCAAACACACAUUACUUACUACUUUAAUUGAUGAAAAUACUACUCAAAAGGAACUUCUAUCUUUACACAUAUUUCUUGAUAAUUCUCUUUUGGAAAUCUAUGCAAACAAUCGAACAGUGAUGGCUACGCACAUAUAUCCUGCACUUUCCGAUUCUGUUGGCAUGGGAUACACUAUCGGUGGACCUGUUACAUUUAGCAAUGUAUCUAUUUGGUACAAUUUGAAAAAUGCAUUCCCUCAUAGACCACUCAAUAGUUCCAUUGUGUUAGUGGUGGAUUCUAACAGUACGAUUUCUAUCUCUGGUUCUAUUAUUUCACUGUUCUUUCUCUUUCUUCUAUCCAUUUCAUAUUUCCCUUCUUGA